UUCGCACAACCAUUGAAUACCAGAGAGAUAUUCUUCUGAUGUUCCAAAACGCCAUUAUGUUUAACAACGCCAACCAUGACGUCCACAAAAUGGCUGUCGAUAUGCAGAAGGACACCAUCGCUAGCAUCGAGGACUUCAUUGCCAACAUUGAUACCAAAAAACAAGACAAUCAAAGCAGUAAUGAUUCCAAACUAAGAGAUCGCGGCCGACGAAGUAAUGCGCCCAUCAUUGCCACUCCAGUUGGUCCCGAGAAUGAGAUGUCUAUUCGCCGCAAAAGCAGAGGCGCCUCCACUGACACCGAUUCCAACGCUUCCAGUCUUACAAAGUCGGUGACCAAGAAGAAGAAGACUUAAACAAGACUUGAUUCUGUGAAUCACACUAAAUGUUUGCAACACUUUAGUAAUAUAAGUCUUCAACUAUUUUUUGACUCCAAUUCCCAUUCAAUGACUGUAUUUCGUAAUAAAGUAUUAAAACUUGA